AUGUGGGAUGUCACAGUGAAAGGUACUUGCGGAGAUGGAACAGGACUGAUGUAUGCAUCUGCCGGAUUCAACCUCGUCAUUAAUCUCAUUGUCGUCGCGCUUCCAAUGCCAGUGAUAUGGACAUUGCAAAUGCCCAAGGAGAGAAAGGCUGGCGUGAUAGGGGCCUUUCUACUUGGUUUGGUGACAGCUGGCAUUAAUAUCGGUCGACUUGUUCAAGUUAGACUAUGUGACCAGACCAAUAUGAUUUUCUGCGCGCUAGAUGGCAAUAUACUGGUCGCAGCAGAGAUGUGUGCCGGCAUUAUUGUCUCCUGUGCUCCGAUGAUGGGGGCUAUCGUCUGGCGUAAUAGGACAUCUAAAGAAUCAGAUCAUCGUGAUCCCCCAAUUCGCACCUUUGGCUCACCAGAGCGUUCUUGGCCAAAGGGCCACUUCCUUCGCGAUAGCGAGUUGAUGCAAUCGCAAGGUGAUGACUUGGAGCUCUUCAACAGCGAUUCUUCUCAGUAUACGCAUUUUGCUCCUCCUGACAGUACCUCUAGUCUGGGGCGCACUGAUACUUUGCGACCUGACUCUGCGCAAAGUCCUGGUAUAAUGGUGCAGAAUGGAAUAACGAUCUCCGAGAAUGCAUAUUUACAACAGUGGCAUUACAACUCUUCUGUAUGA